GUGGCCAGUUCCCUAGCUUGCGGACGAUGACAGAAUUGGUGGUUCUUGUGAUCCUCUUAAUCAUGUCUAAUCUUGGAACUUCACAGUCGAACAACAACAGUACGAAUACUACAAACACACCCAUUAGAUUAUCCUGCGGUAUUAACCCUGUGACGUCUUCAUCAAGUAUUUUCAGUAGCCUUGAUUCUACGAUUACUGAGCUCAGAAGCCAAUUGUGGAAUAAAGAUGUAUAUUUUGCUCGAGCACAUGAUCUGAGGAGCCUGGACUUGGUGUAUGGAUUAGCCCAGUGUAGGAACUACCUUUCCGCAGCCCAGUGUGUUGCUUGCUUUGAUGCCGCAGUAUCUGCAAUCAAAACCUGCUCUUCUGUUACUGGUGCUUACGUUUUUCUCGACAACUGCUUUCUCAGGUUCGAAAACUAUCCUGAAUUUUACGAAGAUCCCCAAGCAAAGAUGGAUGUUAAGAUAGCUCCAACCCUGAUAUGUGGCAAUCAAUUAGCAUCUCAGACAACAAUUUUUAACCAAAUAGUGGGAGAGCUGUUGUCAGACAUUCAGGUUGCUACUCCGAGAACCUCAAAUUUCUAUGUAGCAUCCACAAAGCGACUCCCAAGUGGCAAUACAACAAUAUAUGCAAUUGCACAGUGUGUUGAAAGCGUGACUCAGCCCAUUUGCGAACAAUGCAUGAAUAUAUCAUAUAACAAUCUCAACAGUUGUCCACCAAGUAAAGAAGGAAGGACGCUUGACUUUGGGUGCUUUCUGAGGUAUUCUCAGACUCCAUUUUUUCAAGAUAACCAGACAACCAACAUCGUACAUUUCCUAAGUAAAGGGAGUUCAAGAAAAUUAGGUAUGAUAAUUGGAGCAAGUGUUGGUGUAGGUAUCAUUUUGCUUAUCAUUGCUUCGUCCUUGUGGUAUAAACUACGGAAGAAGCCAAAAAUUGAUGAAGGUAAGCAUGAGUUGGAAAGGGUAAAAGCUUACAAAUAUACAGAUUUGCGGUCGGCAACUCAUAAUUUCAAGGAAGAAUAUAAAAUAGGAAAAGGAGGAUACGGUGAAGUAUUCAAGGCUGUUCUAGACAAUGAGAAUGUAGUGGCAGUGAAGAAGCUCCAUGAUGGUGAUGGACCCCAAGUACUUCUUGUCCUAGAAUACAUGCCACAAGGCAGCCUUGACAAAUUCUUAUGGGGUGAAAAGAGAGGAACUCUGAAUUGGAGACAACGCUUUGACAUUAUGGUUGGAAUUGCUAGGGAUUUCGGGUUGGCUAGGGAUCAACCCGAGGAUCAAAGUCACGUUAGCACCCUGUUUGCUGGGACACUAGGCUAUACUGCACCAGAGUAUGCAACCCACGGACAGUUAUCAGAGAAAGUUGACACUUACAGCUUUGGCAUUGUGGCCCUUGAAAUCAUCAGUGGUCGGAGGGGGACUGCUGUCAACUUAGAUCCACAUGGAAAUAAUUACCUCCUUGAACAUGCAUGGGAGCUGUAUGAGAGUGGGAUGCAUAUUGAGCUGGUUGAUAAGGCAUUAGAUCCAAAUGAGUAUGAAGAAGAGGAUAUGAUGAAUAUGAUAGAGAUUGCUUUAUUGUGCACUCAGUCACCUGCUAAUCUAAGACCAAUCAUGUCAGAAGUUGUUUUAAUGUUGUCCAGUGGGGGAUCAUUUAGACGAUUACAGAUGACCAGGCCUACUGUCAUUCAUCAUAAUAGGAGGAUUCAUGUAGAUGCUAAAGGAUUACAGAAGAUGUAAAGUUUUUUGUACAUAUAUAUUUAUCAAUUAUAUUAAGCCACGACUGAAACAGGGUUACCAAGUUUCUAGAACAAAUAUGAU